AUGGGCGACCCAACAGAGAAGCCAGACUCAAAUCCUUCCCCCGAACAAAAUCAUGUGGGGGACAAGUACGAAGUACCCACGUACGAGGCGCACUCCUCGUUUGACAGCUUGAAGCAACGGAUACGGCAUCACUAUGAAAUAGCUUCAGACUAUUACUACUCUCUAUGGGGCCAACACAUCCACCAUGCCUACUUCCUCACCCCUGAAGACACCAAGGAGACCGGUCAGAUCAACCUCAUCAACCUCCUGCUCGACAUCUCCAAACUUGCACUCAAUUCCGCUGUUCUCGAUGUUGGCUGUGGCAUCGGCGGCACUACCCGCCAUCUGGCCCGUGAGCAUGGCUGCACCGUGACCGGCAUCACAAUCAGUGGACGACAGGUCCAGAUCGCAAAGCGUCUAACAAGCGACGAAGCUGCCAGAGAAUGCAGAAAUGCUGUCCCUUUGACCGCGACUGCGGCUGCUCCCUCCCAAGCUCCCAACGGGACAGAUAAGUUUACAACUCUGGGGUCCAAGCAGGGCAAAGUCGACUAUUUCGAACUCGACGCGGAAAAAAUGGCGAGCACUUUCCCUCCAGAGUCGUUCGAUUGUGUCUGGAUCUCCGAGGCUCUGUCUCAUUUCCCCGACAAGCCCUUGUUCUUCCGCAACGCCGCCCGUGUGCUUCGCCCCAACGGCGGCAAGCUCGUGCUGGCCGACUGGUUCAAAUCAUCCGCGCCCCUGACCCCCGAGCAGGUGGAAAACGACAUCAAGCCCAUCGAAGACGGCAUGCUGCUGCCGCCCCUCAACACCAUGGCCGAGUACGUGUCCAUGGCCGAGUCGGCAGGUCUGCGCGUCUUCCACGAGCCAAAGGAUAUUUCCCAGCAGGUGGCUCGAACGUGGGACAUCAGCUGGGAACUGGUCAGCAACCCCAGCCUAUGGGCGUUUGCCAUUUCCCAGGGCCGGGACGGGCUCGCCUUUCUGCAGGCAUUCCGGGCCAUGAGGCGCGGAUACAACAAUGGCACGUUUCGGUACGGGGUCAUGUGUUUUGAGAAGGCUUAA